AUGGCGACCGCUGCUGUGAUCGAGUUCCAGAGAGCGCAAGAUAUGGUGAUGACGGACAAAGCGGCGAGCAUAGAUAUCCUGCAAUCUAUAGUGAAGUGAGACAUCCAGGAAAGCGAGGAAGGAGCCUUACGUGUUAAGGAGCAAAGCAUUUUGGACUUGGGAGGGCUUCCUGCCAAGACUGGGCAGGCCGCAGAACUCGGUGGUCUUUUGAAAUAUGUACGCCCAUUUCUUAAUUCUAUCAGCAAGGCAAAAGCAGCCAGGCUUGUGCGAUCUCUUUUGGACUUGUUCCUCGAUAUGGAAGUAGCAACUGGCCAGGAGGUGGAACUGUGCUUAGAAUGUAUUAAAUGGGCCAAGGCACUAGAGGCUUGGCUUGUAUCCCUUUACUUUGCUACUUAACACUACCAGGAGGCAUUGCAGUUAGGUGCACAACUGUUCUGUGAGCUAAAAAAGAUGGAUGACAAAGCUCUUUUGGUGGAAGUUCAGCUACUGGAGAGCAAGACCUUCCAUGUCCUUAGCAACUUACCCAAAGCCCGAGCUGCACUGACUUCUGCCCGUACCACGGCCAAUGCCAUUUAUUGCAAACCAAAGUUGCAAGCUGCCCUGAACAUGCAGUCAGGCAUAAUCCAUGCAGCAGAGGAGAAGGACUGAAAAAUGGCUUACUCCCAUUUCUAUGAGGCCCUUGAGGGGUAUGACUCCAUAGACAGCCCAAAAGCUAUGACAAGUACAAGCUGCUGUGUAAGAUCAUGUUAAAUACGCCUGAAGACGUGCAAACACUAGUGAGCGGGAAGCUAGCUUUGCAUUUAUGCUGGACGGCAGACAGAAGCACUGAAGACUGUGGCACAAGCCAGCAAGAACUGUUCAUUUGCCAACUUUGAGAAGGCAUUGACAGAUUAUAAAGCAGAGUUAAGGGAGGAUCCUAUAAUCGCUACACACCUGGCCAAUGAUAACUUACUGGAACAGAACCUCAUCCGGGUGAUUGAACCUUUCUCCAGAGAACAGAUUGAUCACAUAUCAGGACUUAUCAAACUGUCAAAGCCUGAAGUAGAACGCAAACUCUCUCAGAUGAUCUUAGACAAGAAAUUUCACGGCAUUCUUGACCAAGGAGAAGAUGUCCUAAUAAUUUUUGACAAGCCACCAGUAGAUAAAACAUAUGAGGCUGCUUUAGAGAACAUCCAGAACAUGAGCAAAGUGGUGGAUUCUCUUUACAACAAGGCCAAGAAACUCACAUAG